UGACUCAUUCAACGUAUCAGACUGUGUCGUUCCCUUCCGCUCCCUCACCAUAUAAAUAUGUCCGUUCCCUUCUACAUGGAAACAGAGCUCAUUAGACAGAGCAAGCCAGCCAUGGAAAUACAGAGUAAUCAUGGCCAUGACGUCGUCGAAUCGCCGCUCCAGGGCGAUGUCUUGGAGCUGAUCCUCUCCCACGUUCCGCUUAUCGACCUCGUCCCCGCCCACCGUGUCUCCCGCUCCUGGAGCCUGGCUGUCUCUUCCUCCCUCGUCCACUUCAACCGGCCCAGGCCCUGGCUCGUGGUCCACUCCCAGAGCACCCGCCCUCCGUACGAAACUGUGGCCCACGCGUUUGAUCCCCGAUCACGCGAUUGGGUGGAGCUCCAGCAUCAGGAUCCAUCCUCGAAGCGCGUCCCGUCCGGCUUGUGCUCACAGUCGGGGCGGCUCCUCUACGGGCUCUCACCAUCGCAGUUCUCCUUCUCGCUUGACCCCCUCGGCCUCUCCUGGCACCAAGUGGACCCGCCCCUCGUCUGGCGGCCCGACCCCAUCGUGGCAGCGGUUGGCCGCCGGGUCGUCGUGGCAGGCGGAGGGUGCGACUUCGACGAUGAUCCUUUCGCAGUGGAAAUCUACGACGUGGAGACGCGCAAGUGGGAGUCGUACAACGCAAUGCCGUCUGCCCUCAGGGACUGCUCCGCCUCUGCGUGCUUGUCAGUCGCCGCCGGUCGGGGCCAAAUCUACGUGGCUGAGAAACUGUCCGGUGUGGCCCACUCGUUCGACCCUGAAACAAAAGAAUGGUACGGACCAUAUGAUCUCCGUCCCGAAAGGAACAUCUGCUGCUCCGUCAUCGGAUUCGCCAAUGAUAGGCUGAUCCUUAUCAGUCUGAUCGGUGACCCCGGGUCCCUCUCCGAUUCAUCCCUGAAGGGUAAAACUGUGAAGAUAUGGGAAGUUUUAGGUGAAUUUGUCGAAUUCCGGGAAGUUACGGAGAUGCAACCGGAGCUCCUGAAGGAGCUGACAGGCGACGAACCGAGCAUUUCGUCGAUAAGUGUGUGUUCAGCAGGGGAUAUGGUGUACUUGUAUGAUCCUUCAAAGCCAGGUGCAGUGGUCUGGUGCGAGGUGGCAGCGGAAGGCGGCGGCUGCGAGUGGGGGACUUUAAGAAUGGCGGCAAUGCCAGAGGAUGGGCAGAACCAGCCGGCGAGAAAGGCGGUGUUCACUUGCUGGGACGUGGGGAUUCCUGAGCUGGAGAGGGCCUUGGCAUCUGAUAAGUUAAGACUUUCGGUCGCCAAAGAGGGCAAGCAAGAAAACGCCCACAAUGCCGACUAAGUGGAGGCCAAGAUUUAGGGCCGGGGAAUCGGAAAUUGAAUAUCGUGAAGUUAAAGGAGCAAGAAUGGAGGAAUUCGUCGAACCUCAAAAAAUUACCGGCAAAUUUACGACUGCCCUGGUUAGCCUCCUCCAGGUUCCAUCUGUGAGAAGGACUGGAAGUGUUUUCCCGGCCAUAUUAUCGGCAGAUUUCUUAGUUAUAUGUCUAAAUACAUCAGCGAUGUACCUAUACCAUCAUGUUUAAUUUUGCGAAUUUCCGACUUCCAGAUUCACUUAUGGCGA